GUCAGUCAAAAAGCACAAUCAUAAGUAUCAAAGACCACACUCAAAAAACUGAAACUAUCAGAUAUACACUUUCACACACCCUCUAUAGUUUCCCUCACCUAGCAUAGAAACCUAUCUCUAGCUUGCAUCAGAUUGAGAUGGAGAACUCUGAGCUCUUCCAACUCCUCAAAAACACCAAUGAUUCCUUCUUCAACUCUGCAUCAUCCACCAUGCAACGCACCUUCUCUUAUUACCCUUUGGAAUUGGAAGCAGCAUCUGAUGCACUACCAUCUCAUGAAGAUAAAGCCCUUGCUGCUUUGAGGAACCACAAAGAGGCUGAGAAGAGAAGAAGGGAAAGAAUCAACUCCCACCUUGAUAAGCUUCGCACCCUUCUUCCUUGUAAUUCCAAGACGGACAAGGCUUCGCUUCUGGCGAAGGUGGUGGAAAGGGUGAAAGAGCUGAAGCAGCAAAUAUCCCAAAUAACCGAAUCGGAAGCGUUCCCUUCGGAGAGCGACGAGGUCUCGGUUCUGUCCACCAGCGGUGACGGAGGCGGCGGUGACGGACAAAUCGUGUUCAGGGCCUCCCUGUGCUGUGAGGACCGCUCCGACCUCAUCCCCGACCUCGUCGAAAUUCUGAGGUCUCUGCACCUCAAAACGCUGAAAGCCGAAAUGGCAACGCUCGGAGGAAGAACGCGCAACGUGCUUCUCGUGGCCGCGGAUAAAGAACACAGCGUUGAAUCUAUUCACUUCCUUCACAACUCCUUGAAGUCUAUGCUCGAACGCUCCAAUUCCAACGACAGGUCCAAACGACGCCGUGGCUUAGACAGAAAAGUGGUGAAGCUGGUGUAGAGAGGCUAGGGUUUCAUGAAUGUGAUGUUUUGGAAUCUUUUGCAUGUGAAGUUAGGGUGUUGCAUGUCACAUGUGAGUAGAGAACACAGAGACUAAGGAUGUGACUGAUGGGUAAUGAAGAAAGAAAUGCAAUUGCAGUACUUACGUUACGUGAUGUGCAAGUUGUGACUUGUGGACCGUCAAGGAAUUGGAGUCUGUUAUUUUCUGUAAAAGUAAAGCUUAUGUGAGUUUCCAAGCGAUACAAAAUGGCAUAUUCGUUUCUCUUU